AUGGCGCAUGCGCUAGCACGAGCAGAUAUACCAGACCCAUCACCAAUACCAGGACCACCACCAGGACUACCACCAGCGCAUUUGGAAUUUCAUGAGAAAGCCAAUUGCUACACACCUAAAGAAGGUGGCACUGACUGCUCAACCCAAAUCCCCGAGACCCCAGAGGCCGAGGACCCUAUCAGGGCGAAUGCGAUCCACAGCCAGGUUGGGUGCCAGGUCAAAAUCAUUGGCAGUGUGUGA